CACACAACAGCGUAGAGCAGAGCACAGUUGGCAUCCUUCGCCUUUGCCAGACUGAAGAGUCGCGCGUCACAGAUCUCUCAUUUUUUUCGUGGUGUCGCCGUCGCCGCGUCGCGCUGGAAAAGAAAAAGGUGCAGACGAUUCACCUCUUCUUCGCGAAAUUAUGCAUAUUUUUUCGGGAAUCGAAAGAAUAAAGUCGGGUCCAAUAAUGAUUCAGCGAGUGAAGUGUCCGUGAUCGAUUAAAGGUGAAUAUGAAUGAAAAUUGUGCAAUCCGUGGACUGCAAAGCGUAUCCUAACCGGAAGUAGUGCGUGGUUUACGGAACUCCGCUAGUGUGCAGUGUGAAUUCAAAGUGCAAAGCAGUACUGUCCCGAUUGUGAAAUUACUGCCGAAGAUGCCAUAUUUCCGUUUUGUCCGUCAACGCUAUCGGGCCGAUCACUUGCGGGUACAGGAUUACGUGUUACUUUUGAUCGCAACCUGAACCGGAUGCAUCCGGUUUGACUACGGGAAUCCAGUCCGAUCAAGCGGGGUAUUUCGAAAAGUGCAAGGAUUUUUCAUCGGCAGAGCAGCAGAGAGAAUAGAAAAUCGAUUCUGAAGAAUACACUUCCUUUCGCCACCCGCCGGUAAAACGAAGCUCGUCAAACUGUUCGUUAACUGGAAAUUGUCAUGUAAAGUUGAACUAGCUGCAGUGUAAAGUGUGAUCAGUUCUGUUGAAAUUGUUCAAGUGAGCAUAGUGCGAUUUGUAUCAUUCCCGCCGAUAAACAUCGAGUUCGAAAGUGUAGCGGAAUGACAGCCGAGACAGCUCAGCCACCGUUGACAAGCCUGUUCAGGCAGCGCAAGUGCGUUCGAACAAAAAUGGGCAGUGUCACUUCGACAGAAAAUGGCGUCUGCCAACUUUUUGGAGGAAGCUCUUAAAUCAGAUGUCGAUGAAUCCGCGGUGAGUGCGAUCGUCGGAACGCUGGAAAAUCAGUUGGACCAAUCCAGUACAACCCAGGUGCAACAAGUCGGUAAAAAUUUUGAAUGCGGAAACGGUGGAAAUAGUUUUAAUAGUGCAAUUGUGUCAAAUGGAGGAACGACCCCCAUUUAUAAUACAGUGCAACAGCAGCAGAAGCAGAGUAAUCACGGAGGUGUUACCAAUGGUGAAAUCGUUUCGAAUGUUAUGAACAGCAACGGUAGUAGUAAUAAUAAUAACAACAAUAAUAACAGUAAAUCAUUUAUCAUAGCGACUAGUGGCGGACAGAACGUGAUCACUAGUUCAGCUUCCGGCACUACUACCGUGGUAGUCGGCAAAAAUAUUACCGUUUCGGCAACCGGGGUUCCGCCACCGUCAACGCCUCCGGCGUUGAUGUCGACGGUACCGACCUCCUCGUCUGGGAUUAACAUAAUUAGCAAUCAAAUAGUGGUUUCUGCAGGUGCCCAGCACCCAACGACAUUUAGCGUAGCGAACAACAAUAACAAUCCGCAUCAACAGUCGAACAUGCCAAAGAAUGAACCAGUGAAAUUGGUGUAUCCUGCUCCUGGUGGUGGUGCCGGAACUCAAGCGGUUAUCAACAUGAACAACAAUCGUGUGACCCUCACCUCAACGGCCCUGCCGAACGGAACAAUUUCACUGUCGCAGGCCCCACAGCUGAUCCAGACCGGAACAGUGGCGGGAAAAACAACCAUUCAAGCAACGGGACCGCAGGGAACGCAAGGCCAAUCCCAGCCGCAAACGUUGAUCAUCAAGAACCAGCAAACCGGAGCGGUGAUGAACUCCGGGGCGCCCGGAAUCGUUACGAUGUCGAAACCGCUCAACAAUCAGGCAACACAGAAUAUUGUCGGUUUACCGGCUGGUGUACAGAUUGUAAAUGUUAGACCCGGCGCACCGCCCACGCAAGCACAGCAAAAAACUGUUGCCGCUGUAUCACCUAGAGUUGUUAUUGGUAGUCAGCAAAUAGUUAGUACUAGACCACCAAACGCAAACGCUAUUACACUAAGUGCCCUUCAAGGACAACCGGGCUCGACGUUACUGUUGAAGAAUGAGCAGGGCCAGUUCCAGCUGUUGCGGAUCGGGCCGGCACCGUCCGGAACCCAGAUCACACCCGCCAAUCUAACGGCAACGUCGGGGACUAAUCAGACGAUACGGUUGCAAACUGUACCAGCUGUAAGUAGGUUUACCGGUCCUCCAUUAGCCCUUCGCAAGACCAUUGUCACCACGCAACAGGUGAAACAGAAGCAAAAUCAACCUAUUUCGUCCGGUUCCGGCACGAUUAUCGUCAAUUCUCAAUCAAUCACCACCACACCGACCAGCUUUGUGACAACGCAGUCAACUCCGGUGGCUUCGGUGGCACCUGUUCCGGCGUUAGCCGCCCAGCAGCACAUAACCAUCUCAACAGCACCAUCACAAGGGCAGUCACAUGCCACCGGACAGCCCACGGUAGUAACUACCCAGCAAGCACAAGCAGUUGUGACUUCCCAGCAGCAACAACAACAACAACAACCUCAACAGACCGUCGUCGUAACGACCACAACCGGUGGCCAAACUGCUCAGCAGCGCAACUCGCUGGAUAAUACCAAAGAAAAAUGCAGAAAAUUUUUGACCAAUCUGAUCGAACUCUCCAAACGGGAACCGAAACCGGUGGAAAAGAACGUGCGGACGCUAAUUCAGGAAUUGGUUGAUGCCAACGUGGAACCGGAAGAGUUUUGCGAGCGGUUAGAGCGGCUACUAAAUGCAAGCCCACAGCCCUGUUUGAUUGGCUUUUUGAAAAAAAGUUUACCACUUCUGCGGCAAUCACUCGUCACGAAGGAGAUCACGAUAGAGGGCAUCAAUCCACCGUCGGCAAAUGUGGCCUUCUCUGGAUCUCCCCUUACGCAAAUCCCUGCUCAAAUUCGUCCCGUAACACAGCCCAUCAUCACACAGAACAGCAUGGUUGGCCAGACGCAGAUUCGCAUGCUGACGACGCAAUCCGGAGCGACCACGAUUCCUCGGAUAGGGCAAACGACAAUACGGCCUGCGAAUACCGUUCGGAUACCAGCACCGAUGCCACAGCAAGCCCAACAACAUACAACCCUUACUACCAGCGGACCACGGCAGAUAACGGCCCAACAGAUACGACCGAAUGCCACUGUUGGUCAUACCACGAUUGUGCAAACAAGCCAACAGCUGCCUCAAACGAUCUCAACGACACCCCCUGCUCUGCUGCCGAUUCGUGCCCCGGCCGGUACGGCGAUAACGCGUACUCCAGCGACCCUGCAAAUCCGUGCAGCCACACCGGUAGUGUCGCGUGCUGCCACUGCUAGUAACAGUAUCAUUAGCGGCAACACGACGGUAACCACUAAGACGAUCCGUAACCAAGCGCCGGCCGUUGUCUCAGUGGCAGCUGCUGCAGCAGCGGCAGCCGCUGCGGCAUCCGGUUCGACAGCAACCCAGGUUAAGCAAGUGACAGCAAUUAGUAACAGCAAUGUGGUCGUCGCAGCAACGUCUGCUGUGGCUACUGCCACAACAGCUUCCGGUGCACCCGGACUAGUUGUAGCCGGAACGCAACCUUUGCCAGCAUUAGCGCUUAGCUCCUCCGCAGCCGCUGCCGUUGCCACUCUAAACAAUGCUAGUAAUUCUAAUAAUAAUAAUUCUACAAGUAUAAUCAGUACAAGCUUCUCGCCGGCAACGACGGUAGUGGUCAAUUCAGUGCCCAGUAGUAAUGCCAACAGUAGUAACACUAGCUCCGGAACCAAUGUUAGUACGACACCCACCAUUGCAUCCGGUGGCAAGGCCAGUGCAGGUACGAAAUCCAGCUCUGGGGGCACUAAAAAGAAAGCUGGUACUAGUUCGGCUGCUAGUGCCACCGAUUCCACUGACCCAACCGCAGCCGCGAAAAAGGCAGCUGCCUCAAUGCAAUCCUCUUUUUAUCAGCAUCACGUAUCUUCCUCCAUGUACGGAGACGAUGACAUCAACGACGUCGCGGCGAUGGGUGGUGUCAAUUUGGCCGAGGAGACGCAACGGAUUCUAGGUUCUACCGAAUUCGUGGGGACCCAGAUCCGAUCCUGUAAGGACGAAGUGUUUCUGCAUAUGCCCGCACUACAGGCCAAAAUUAGAAGUAUUAUCGCCAGACACGGACUGGAAGAACCGAGCAGUGAAGUCGGGGUUCUGAUAUCACACGCCUGCCAGGAACGACUGAAAAACGUCGUGGAAAAAUUAGCAGUCAUUGCGGAACAUCGAAUCGAUAUUAUUAAGGUCGAUCCUCGCUACGAAGUGACGAAAGAUGUUCGCGGGCAAAUCAAAUUCCUUGAAGAACUGGACAAAGCGGAACAGAAGCGACACGAAGAACAGGAAAGAGAAAUGCUGAUGAGGGCAGCUAAAUCCCGAUCGAAAACCGAGGAUCCCGAGCAGGCCAAACUGAAGGCAAAGGCGAAAGAAAUGCAACGAGCAGAAAUGGAAGAGCUACGGCAGCGAGAUGCUAACCUGACUGCCCUGCAAGCCAUCGGACCACGGAAAAAGCCCAAACUUGAGGAAGGAGUAGCAACACCCGUUACACCUGGUGCUUCCGGAAUCGGAGCUUCUAGUGGGAAGGCUUCCACACCACUGAGGCCACGUAUCAAACGGGUGAAUCUGCGCGAUAUGUUGUUCUAUCUGGAGCAGGAGAAGGAAAGUUGCAGAAGCCAAAUGCUGUACAAGGCCUACCUCAAGUGAUCGAUUGUGGGACGAACGGUGAUGAUAAUUAGGAUGGCAAUUCUACGCUGAAACAUCCGACAUUCUCGGUCAUCGGCAACGGGUCUGCGGGAGAUAAUGCCGACAGUGAUCCUGAAAGGGUCCAAAUGGUGUUUGGUUUCUUUCAACGAUUGGAUUGUUUUAAAUCCAAGGAAAAAAGCUCCGGUUUGAAGGCGAAUCGAAACGGACAGGUCCAUGCGUUUCAUUUUAAGUCAGGUCUAGUUCAGCGGGAAGCAGUACGUGCGAUGAAUGGCAGGAACAGGACAUCAGGGCAUUUAUGUUUGUGUGCGUAUGUCUUUAGGGAAUUUUGUAAAUAGUUUUUUUCGAUCAAGAUAUCAAGUGCAGUGAAGAAUAAGCAGCGUUACGACAGUAUCGGUUCACGGACGAACUGUUUUGGAUGUUUUAUUUAAUUUACAAUACAAUAAAAUACAAACCUUGUACAGAAAUGGACAUAGAAUGAACCAAACGGAUGGUUUAAAGUCGAAGGAAUAGGAGAUAGUAGGUCUACGAAAAAAAAUAUUAAAAACUAGUUUUGAGUCCUUUAGAGCUGUGUGCCGUGCGGAGGAGAGACCACUCGACCGCCAGCAUUGUUUUUGUUUGUUUAUAAUUUGUAAGCACAUACCAACAAAUAAGAAAUUAAAAAAAAUAUUUGUAAACGAAGGUAAAUUUUGAAAAGUUCAGAUUAAAUUGAAAUGUUUAUAAAUCAAAACAAACAAAAUUUUCAAGAAAAAAAACGAAUACGUUAUAGAUUAAAUUGACGAACAGUCAAUGUGUAACAAGCUUUCUUUGUGAUUAUAUCACUAAAAACUGAAAAUGAUAAUUGUUUCUGUAAAAAAAAAUGCAAAAGUCCAUUAUUUAUGUUUAAACGUCUUUUCAUUCAAAUUUAAUUUAAUGAGACGAAACUUUAAGAAAAAUGAAAUCAGAAAAUGUUAAGGAAAGAUAAACAAUAGAGAUACCUUUUCUUAUGAAGAAUAAAUCGCGAGAAAAACCUGAA